AACCCUUUGGACCUGAACUCUCUGAUUUUUCUGUGGAAGGGCUUCACCGAAGGGGCACUAAAGAAUAGUGUUUCUAUGGUAUGAAUCCAGGGGCCCCUCCCAACCAGGCACUCAGCUUAGCAGGACAUGAAGGCACAGCGUGUUUCUCUCUGGCUCCUGGGUGCAAUACUCCUCCUAUGCUCAGUGCACGCCCGAGGUCUCAGGAGAUGUCUGAUUUCCAUGGACAUGCACCAAAUAGAAGAGACUUUCCAAGAAAUCAAAAGAGCCAUUCAAGCUAAGGACACCUUCCAAAAUGUCACCAUCCUGUCCACAUCGGAGUUCCUGCACAGCAUUAAGCCCUUAGAUGUAUGCUGUGUGACCAAGAGCCUCCUGGAGUUUUAUGUGGACAGAGUGUUCAAGGACCAUCAGGAGGUGAACCCCCAAAUCUUGAGAAAAAUCAGCAGCAUUGCCAACUCUUUCCUCUACAUGCAGAAGGCUCUGCAGCAAUGUCAGGAGCAGAGACUGUGUCACUGUGGGCAGGAAGCCACCAAUGCAACCAGAAUCAUCCAUGACAACUACAAUCAGCUGGAGGUCAGAUCUGCUGCCAUCAAGUCUCUGGGAGAGCUGGAUCUCUUUCUGGCCUGGAUUGGCAAGAAUCAUCAAGGAACUUCCACUGCUUGAGGACAAGGAACCUGAUUACUUUGGG